AUGCAAGGUCUCACAGCAUCUUCCAAGCUGUCACUGGCCGUCGUGUUCGCGGUGUUUCUGCUGGGCUCGGCGGGCGCCGCCCACGGCCUGACGAGGGUCGUCUCCAGCAGCUCUGAUGAGCCCUGCAACAAGAUGACGCUCUAUUACCACGACAUCCUCUACAACGGCGUCAACAACACGCGGAACGCGACAUCGGCCGCGGCCACCAAGCCCACGGCACUGAGCACAACCCACUGGAAGAAUGGCACCUACUUUGGCACUCUGGUGGUGUUCAACGACCCCAUGACGGUGGGGAAGGUGCUACCCGUGGCGGGGGAGGAGCCUGCGGCGCGCGCCCAGGGCUUCUACUUCUACGACGACAAGACGCGGGACCUCUCCGUUGUCGGCGGCACCGGUGACUUCUUCAUGGCGCGCGGCAUUGCCACGCUCCGGCUCGAUGCCUCCGAGGGAACCGUCUACUUCCGUCUGCAGAUGGACAUCAAGCUCUACGAGUGCUACGUUUGA